AUUUGAUUUGAUUAGUUACAUUUGUUCCCUUUUACAUCGAAGGUGUUUUAAUAGUAUUUAUUUUUGCGCAAGCAGAAGUUUUGAUGUGGGUAUCUGUUGGGAAAGGCAAUUAACAUGAGGGAAGGGUCAGUUGGGGGUAGGCACUUGGAAUACAUGUAACUACUGUUAAUUACAAGGUUGGUAUCACUUAACCAUCUCCUAACCUUCAAUCAUUCUUUCGGGUUCUCACAAUAAAAUUAUUGAUUGAAACCCACUACUUAAACGGACAUUCGGGCACCAGUUUCUUCAAAUCUCUAUUGGAUUAGGAUUUUUAAUGGGGGAAGGCACGGAUUUGAGAGUAACCAUGGAUCAAAACCAAGAACAAGACAAGGGGAAUCUCCAUAGACCAGGCAUUGAUGCGAUACUAAUGGCCCCCAAAAUCACCAAGGCAGUGACCCCAGUCUCUGCUGCUGAGGGUGAGAACAUUAGGCGGCCUCGAGGGAGGCCAGCAGGCUCCAAAAACAAGCCGAAGCCACCCAUUAUCAUUACUCGUGACAGUGCUAAUGCGCUAAGAGCCCAUGCACUGGAGGUGAGCUCAGGUUGUGAUGUAAAUGAGAGUUUAGCUAAUUUUGCGAGGAGAAAGCAGCGUGGCAUUUGCGUACUUAGCGGGAGCGGCUGUGUAACCAAUGUUACACUCAGGCAACCGGCCUCCUCCGGUGCUAUUGUUACUCUACAUGGCCGGUAUGAGAUUCUCUCCUUGCUUGGAUCAAUCCUGCCCCCUCCAGCCCCACCCGGGAUUACAGGGCUUACCAUUUACCUGGCUGGAGCUCAGGGGCAGGUCGUGGGUGGAGGAGUAGUGGGUGCACUCAUUGCUUCCGGUCCUGUUUUGGUCAUGGCUGCAUCCUUCAUGAAUGCCACCUUUGAUCGUCUACCAUUGGAUGAUGAUGAAGUUGCAGCUGCUAUGCCGAAUCAAUAUCACCAGAAUGCUCGGCACCAUCACCUGGACAUUUCUGAUUUGUAUGGGAUGCCACAGAACUUGAUCACCAAUGGCACCAUGCCUCCUGAGAUAUACUCUUGGGCACCGGGGCGAAACAUGUCAAAAGCCUAACCUAACCUGAUUAACAAGCAAUUCUUUGGAGAUUCUCACAUCCUCCAAAUAUCAUUAUUUUAGUGUUACCAUUUUAUUAAGCUUUUCUACUUGCAGUAUCUUCACAUCCUCGGUAGCUGAUCCAUAUGGAAUCAGUGCUUCUUUUUCCUGUAGCGUCCAUCAGCCAAGUACAUCUUAUUUCAGUGAAAUAGUGUGACUUUAAA